GCCAACGCCGGUCCAGGCCGCCGGGCGGCUGGAGCUGCGCUGCGGGCCAGGCCGGCCUGGCAGCGGGAGCCUGACGGGCCGUGCCCCGGUUGUGCGUGCCGGGAGGGCCGGGUGAGGCGCGGGGGACGGUCCCUGCGGGCUGCGCGGCGGUGCGGGGCCCGGCUCGGGGCGGCCUCCGCUGCCGGUGCGCGGGGAGGAGCUGGGAAGCGGGGGAAGAUGAGCGACGCGGCGCUGCUUCCAGCCGGUGAUCGACAUCGUCCCGAAGACUAAUGCAGAAAAUCAAUAAGAACGUGGUUUUGGCGCUCCUUUCGCUGACCAGCCUGGUUUUCCUACUCUUCCAGUUGUACUAUUACAAGUUCUACCUGUCGCAGAAGAAUGGAGCAGUUUUUUCCAAGGUCAGAGGAAGCCAGUCAGGUCAAGACAGCACGAGAUGGCAUGUGGUCAAUAAGUUCCUAGGCUUAAUAUCCAGUCACAAUAUACCAGUGUAUUUGAUCGAUCCUUUGAUUCUGGGACUGGUUGAUAAAGACAUUGAACAGAUCAGAAGUUCUCCUGAUGGCCCCAGUCCAGAAUGCAAGUACUUUUGUGCUCCAAGAGACUUUACUACGUUUGCACUACUGGACAAAACAUGGAAACAUGAAGUGGGCCUUUUUAGAACUGCUGAGAAAAUGGGGUUCCAAUGGCUAAAGAUUAUAAACAAGGACCCACGCUUGGAUGGGAUGGAUGACCUAUCAGGGAUUGAAAUUCCCUUGCACUACAUUUUUAAACUGGCAUCUCAUGCCAUUCACCUGGUGGUCUUCUAUGAGAGGAGUGGUAAUUAUCUCUGGCAUGGCCCUCUGAGACUCAAGCAACAUAUGGACAAAAAAUUUGUGCCUUUCCGGAAACUCCACUUUGGUCGCUACCCUGGAGCAUAUGAAAAGCCAGAACUUCAACUUGUUUCCAUUGAUGACUUAAAAGUUCAUAUUCCAAAAAAUCCGUCCAGUUUUCUAGAGGAGGUGUCACAGUCUAGAUUUCUUGAAUGUAGGUACAGAGAAGCUCGGGCUUUCUUUCAGCUGUAUCCUGAUGAUGCCUCUCUUGAUGCAGUGGAAUUCAGAAAAAAAGCAAAAUCCUUGCUCCAUAAGGCUGUCCUGACACUGAAUAACUUAGGAGUAAAGUUCUGGCUGAGCAGUGGAACAUGCCUUGGCUGGUACAGACAGUGCAAUGUCAUUCCUCACAGCAAAGAUGUGGAUUUGGGAGUCUUCAUAAGAGACUACAAAUCAGAUAUCAUUCCAGCCUUUCAGAAAGCAGGGUUAUCACUGAAGCACAGAUUUGGCAAGGUAGAAGACAGCUUGGAACUCUCUUUCCAGGGAGAAGAUGGUGUGAAACUUGAUAUUUUUUUCUUCUAUGAAGAGGAUGACCACAUAUGGAAUGGAGGAACUCAGGCCAAAUCGGGCAAGAAAUUUAAGUAUCUGUUUCCAAAGUUUACUCUGUGUUGGACUGAAUUUGUAGAACUCAAGGUACAUGUGCCCUGUGAAACCCUUCAGUAUGUUGAAGCCAACUAUGGGUCGGAUUGGAAGGUUCCUGUGAAGAUGUGGGACUGGAAGAGCUCACCACCCAAUGUGCACUACAAUGGUGUCUGGCCUGUUGAUGAGUGGGAUGAUGUCAUUCAAGUCUACUGACCACCUGACUUCUAGCUGAGCAUGCCAGCUGUAUUUGAAACUGUCAGUUUCUGUUUUCCUAUUUCCCAAAGGCAUCAACUUCCAUUCCUUUUGUAACUUCCUAUCUGUUUCCUAAGGAGACAUUUCCCUUUUUUUUUCUUUUUUGCUUAACAGGUAUUUUUUCAUCUUCAUCCUGCAUUUUCCAGGUAGUUAAAGGAGAAGAUUAAAAGCACCUGAAAAUAAAGGAAGCUGAAAGAAAAGCUGCACAAAGGGAAUAGAAAGGAAAUGUUGCAGUAAACAUGGGCAGUUUAAGAGUAAACAGCAGCCAGCUGGCUUAAACUUUCCUGGGAGCACCAAAACCUUGGGACUGCUCAAUUCUCAAACUUAAAGAGAGGGAUAGGAUGGAAAAAUGCCAGAGUAGUUCCUCUUCCCUCAGAGGAGAUUCUGUGAAAAGUUCAAAUUUUAAACGUCAGAGUUAUGACUACCUCAGGUGUGCUUGAUUGCAGAUUGGUACAACCCUGUGAUACACACCAAGUUGCUCUUGGGAGUGGAAUGUUUCCAUGACACAGAACCUGUGUCACCCACCUGCUUUACAUGUAGCAGGUAUUUGGUAAUGGCGUAAUGCUAAGUGAGUAGAAGGAGUAACUAGCUAUCCACACCAGACAUCAUCAAACAGUAGCUGGGUUUUCUGUGAACUAUCACCAGUACAGGCAUUUGUGACAGGGAAUGUUACCUGCUGUUUUUCCUUUUCUUCUCUUUUUUAAGAGCAUGAAGGUGUAGGCUGCACAGAUACCUUUCCCAUAAAGUAAUAAAUAUUCUGGUUUUUUAUGCCCACUUCUCCAUUUAAGAGUGUUGACCAGAUUUUAGAAAAUUACAGCUGUCCCUGCUUUCUUACAAGUAGGUAGAAAUGCCAGUAUUGUUAGCACCCUGUUUAACAGGGCCUCACAGGAAAGAGAUCUCAGAGAAUCGCAGCUCUUUUCUCUAAGACUGAGCAGAAGUGUGUACAUACACCAACUGUUCCAUCAAAUUUGCAAAAUCAAACUCGUCAAACUGCAAGUGAGUGUAAUACUAGGUUUUGGAUGGGAAUAGAGUGGAAGCCUGAUAGCUCCCUCCUCCUGCUGCUGCUUGUGCUUUUGGUCAGUGAGGUAAGAGUUCUUCCGUAUUUUGGAGAGGGAUAAUAGCUUUUGUAUGAGCGUGCUUUUCCAAGUUUUUCCAGUCCUAUGCAGGGCAGACAAGGGUACUUGGCUGCUAGUGGGUUACAACUAUAGUGUACAGUACAGACCAGGAGUUCUUGUUAACCAGGGUCAAGGUACUGAAUGGAGCUCGUGUUUACUUGUAACAAACCUGUAUCUGCUUUCUCCUCACUAAAGCAGAAAGAAUAUCUGUGUCACAGCUCUUCCACUUCCCCUGGGUAGAGGUAGGUUGAGUCUGUGUUUGCAUCUUGGUGAUCUGCAGUUGUCAGCUGUGUAAUGCUAGAAUCACUUAGGUUGGAAAAGACCUUCAAGAUCAUCAAGUCCAACCAUUAACCCUGCUCUACCAAGUCCAGCACUAAGCUAUAUUCCCAAUAGCCAAAUCUAGACGACUUUUCAACCAAUCUAGGGAUGGUGACUCAACCACCUCUUUGACAGCAUGUUCCAAAGUCUGACAGCCAUUUCAGUGGAAAAGUUCUUCCUCAUGUCUAGUCUAAACCUCCCCUGGCACAGCUUGAGGCCAUUUCCUCCUGUUCUAUCACCAGUUACUUGUGAGAAGAGACCAGUGCCUACCUCUUUACAACAUGCUUUUAGGCAGUUGAAGAGGGUGAUGAGGCCUCCUGGUCUCCCCUCAGCCUCCUUCAGUCUAAACAGCCCCAGUUCCCUCAGCUGCUCCUCAUAAGACUUGUUCUCAAGGCCCUUCACCAGCUUCACUGCCCUUUGGACACACUCCAGUACCUCCAUGUCCUUCUUGUAUUGAGGUGCCCAAAACUGGACAAAGUAUUUGAGGUAUGGCCUCACCAAUGCUAAGUACAGGAGGCAUGGUCCCCUUCCUGGUCCUGCUGGCCACACUAUUUCUAAACAGGCCAGGAUGCUGUUUACCUUUUUGGCCACCUGAGCACACUGCUGGCUCAUAUUCAUCUGCCUAUCAGUCAGAUCCCCAAGGUCCCUUUCUAUUGGACAGCUUUCCAGCCACUCUUCCCCAAGCCUGUAGCAUUGCAUGGGGAUGUUGUGGCCCAAGUGCAGGACCUGGCACUUGGUCUUGUUGAACUUCAUACAGUUAGCUUCAGCCCAUCAAUCUAGUCUGUCCAAGUCCCUCUGUAGAGCCCCCCUACCCACAGGCAGAUGUGUACAGUUCUGGAGAGAUGAAAUAGCUACUGCCACAAGGCAGUCCUACUCCUGUGCUGUUCCAGAUGUGCUCUGGGGAUUCCUGCUUUUUUUGUCCUGGAGUAUGCUGCUUGUUGUCUCCUGCCAAUCCUUUUUGGUUCCAGCAGUCUCCUGCCACUGAAGAACUGAAGUAAAUUAUUUAGCUUCUGGCAACAGCUUGUCAUGCUGUCUCUUCAAUUGGAGUGGUAACUUCUUUAGCUUUGCCUAAUUAAGAAGGGAGAUGUAAAAAACCUGUCAUGCUGUUUACUUGAUAAAGUAAAUGUUACAUCAUAAGGGGUAAUUUCUCAGGUAGAUUUUUUUGUAAUUUUUCCUUAAAAUGAAAAAAGCCAAUGUCCUUACAGUUUUCAUGUUCAGAACUCCAUUGCUUUGAAGUUCUUUGUCUAGUAACAUACAAUAAGCCUGUACAUUUUUCAAGUGUGAUAGAUGUUUAAGAGUAAAGGAAAAGACUGUCAGAAAAUUAUAAUCCUCCCAAAUUUUUGGCUUAAUAUUUUUAGAUGGAAAGACUAAUGGGAAAAAAAAAUGCAUGAAUCUGAAAGGGAGGAUGUCUUAAAUAGUUGAUUGUACCUGUUAGUUAUUGUUCGGGUUAAAAUAUUUUCAGAAGAUACAAAUGUAUAGUUAACAUUUAAUAAAAGGAGUCUAAUUUGCAGCUCAA